AUUCAGGGGAGUGUUGUAAUGCUUUUUAAAGAUUUUCCUGCUACCAGGUCCAAAGGAGUUGGACAACAAAAGCAAACAUGCACUUUGAGCUGUCCAAAAGUCACUCAAAUGAUCCAAAACAAGCACAGGGAAGACAAACACAUCCCUCAGUUUUAGUUGGAUUUAUCUUGUUUGAUUUAGAGCUUAGUUGAAGGUAACCCAUCCUUAGUCCUGUUUUUGUUUUCUCUACAGUGUGUGUGAGGCUCAACCAGCAGAAACCAGAAUCCCAUCGUUCCUCCAGUCGAGCCCUGUCUUAUAGGAUGCAGCAGUGUUCAGCAAAAUCACACAUCCCUUUGUGUUUAGAUGACGACUGGGUUUCUAAAUGCCCUUCUGGCUGCAGGCUGCAAGGUCUGAUCUCACAGAUGGAGAGUGAUGUGGAGAGAAAAGUGUGGACGAUUUGUAAAAUGGCCAAGAUGUACGAAGAUGUGGCCGAGAAGGCCAUGUCAGUGAUGACACACAUCUACAACUCUAACCGGAGAGUCAUUGUCAACAGAUAUAUGUCUGAGGUAAAGUUUGUGGAGCAUGCAGAGGGACUGGCCAGGAACCUCACAGCACUACGGAAACGAUCGGCCUCUUUGGAGCAGAAGAUAAAGGAGCUGAGCAGCAACGUAAAGAAGCAGAUAGAGAAGUUGUAUCGAGCAGAGGUGGAAAUCGACAUGAAGCUGCGAAACUGCCGCGGGUCUUGCCGGUCGGUGCUGCCAUUCAGCGUUGAUCAUCAAAGCUACCAGAUGCUACAAGAUGACAUGGACUUUAUGGAGAAAGCUCACAAGCAGAAAAGCAGGAUCGAUCCACCUCCUACAGACAUCCCACAAAUCAAGCUGCAGACUGUGAAUGUUGGUCUGAAGCCGUCGGCAGAAUAUAAGACAAUCCCAACAGUCCAGAGAGAACUGCUGACCCAGUUUGAGGACAUUGGUCUGAACCAGUUAGUACUGGACGAGCUGAAGGAAGAGUCUGCCGACAUGAAUGCACUCAAUGUAGAGAUAGAGCUUGAGUGAGAACAAACUGAGGGUUGGUGUGAGAUUUGACAAGAACUUUAAUUUUUCAACUUGAUAAUUUUGACUAAAAGAAAAAUUCAGACUAAACAUAUUUGUUCCAUUUAAACAGAAACAUUCAGGGUCAGAUGGAAUGUAGUUCGUUUGAGAAGUAUUUGUAAACAUGAUAUAGCAAAAAAGCUACUGUAGCUCUAAAAUACAAUUUGUUUAGUUA